AUGACGUUAGAAAUUGAGAAGUCAUGCUUCUCCACAGGCCAGGAGAAGGAGCUGUGCAAUCCGACUCCACUGUGGGGCCACUACCGCAGGACCAACGUCUGUGAGAAACAUCUCCAGAGUCUGGAAACCUCUGGAAAGAACCUGGCCAAUCUGUCAAUUAAUUCUGCCUUGAGCCCCACCGAACUGUGGCCGUCUGGCCUCGGCAGCCCCCAGCUCUGCCCGGUCACCACCACCUACUACACCUCGCUGUACCCGCAGACUGUGGCCCCCGCUACGGUGCCCGGCACCUGCCUGGACGCCACCCCCCACGGACCUGAAGGCCAAGCUGUGCGAUGCGUGCCGGCUGGCCGGCUGCCGGCCAAAAGGAAGCUGGACCUGGAGGGCAUCGGGAGGCCGGCGGUCCUGGAAUUCCAGACUCCCAAGGGGAAGCUCAUUAGAGUGGAUGGCCUCCCCAGCCCUAAAACACCCAAGUCCCCCGGGGAGAAGACUCGGUACGACACAUCACUGGGGCUGCUCACCAAGAAGUUCAUUUACCUCCUGAGUGAGUCCAAGGAUGGGGUCCUGGACUUGAACUGGGCUGCUGAGGUGCUGGAUGUGCAGAAGCGGCGCAUCUAUGACAUCACCAACGUGCUGGAGGGCAUCCAGCUGAUUCGCAAGAAGGCCAAGAACAACAUCCAGUGGGUAGGCAGGGGAGCACUUGAAGACCCCACCCGGCCUGGGAAGCAGCAGCAGCUGGGACAGGAGCUGAAGGAGCUGAUGAGUAUGGAGCAGGCCUUGGACCAGCUCAUCCAGAGCUGCUCUCUGAACUUCAAGCACCUGACUGAGGACAAGGCCAACAAGAAACUGGCCUAUGUGACUUACCAGGACAUCCGUGCUAUCGGCACCUUUAAGGAACAGACAGUGAUCGCUGUCAAGGCCCCUCCGCAGACAAGACUGGAAGUGCCCGACAGGAAUGAGGAAAACCUGCAGAUAUAUCUGAAGAGCACGCAGGGGCCCAUCGAAGUCUACUUGUGCCCGGAGGAGAUGCAGGAACCAGACAGCCCUGCCAAAGAGCCUGUCUCCUCCACGCCCACCCUCAGCCCCACUCCUGACUCGGCCCAGCCCUGUAGCAGCACCAACCCUGGGAUCCUGGAACCCACGGCAUCCCCAGUGCCAUCGCUGACUUCCCAGCAGGCCCUGCUGCCGCCACCGUCCCUGGUCCCUCUGGAGGCCACGGACAGCAUGCUGGAGCUGCCGCAGCCCCUUCUGCAGCAGACCGAGGACCAGUUCCUGACCGACAGCUCCCCUCUCAUCAGCUUCUCUCCGCCCUUGGACCAAGAUGACUACCUGUGGGGCCUGGAUGGGGGUGAGGGCAUCAGCGACCUCUUCGACUCCUAUGACUUUGGGGACCUGCUGAUUAACUGAGUGACCCUGCCUGCCCCCAGCUGCUCCGCCACUGUCUCUACCUCCUCACGGGCAGACUGACAGGCCCUCUGCCUGCAGGGGGACCUUGGACACAGAUGCCACCCUUAGGGCACGGGGUCUCCUCUCCUUCCUGCCCCCGCGUCCUGCCAGCCGAAGCUGCCGGGGGGUUUGUGGAGGGUACGGGUGAGGAUCGUAUCAGGGGUGGGGUCCUGUCCUUCCUAGUGGAAGCUGGGCCUGGGAAGGCCUGUUCAGUCUUCUGACCUCUGACCUCUAAUGUGAAGGGGCCACAGAUGAGGUGACCAGGUCCAGGGAAAGGCCCUGCCACUGCCUUCUGGGGGAUAAUUCGGACCCUCAGUGUAUCGCAGAGCACUUACUGCCUUUGUAUUUAUUUCAGGUUGAGUUUUGUUUGCGUGUCUUCCCUGGGUUUUAGCAGGGACAGCGUUCUGGUUCCAGUAAGACCUCCGACAGGCCAGCACGGUCUGCUGUGCCCGGCACCUGGGCUCCCAGGGACGCAGGCCAGCUCCCUGGCCGCCCCGCCGCGUGGGGGCGGGGCCCCUGAGCGCCUGUCCAGGCUUCUGGACAUCACUGCACUUCGGCUCCUCAUUCUAGAUGGUUCCAGGGAGCCGUCCCAGCAUGGGUGGCACUGGAGCUCCCGAGGAGACCGGAAUAGCCAGCUCAGGAGCCUCCCUCCCUGUGGAAUCCCUAUUUCCCUGCCUGAGAAUGUAAAAGUGAUCCUCGAGGGAGACGGCAGGGUGCUCCUGAGGAAGAGGGACAGGGUGUGGGGCAGCGCGGUGGCUGCUGCAGGCCCCUCCUCCGUUUUGGCCUCUCGCUGGGACUGUGUUACAUGGAGGACCGGGAGGCAGAGGCCGCACGUGGAGGAGAAGCGUGAGAUGAAGACAGGGAACCGCCAGCACACACUCCUCUAGCUGCAGGCGUCCCUCUCCCUUCCCUGGAAGGAUUUUGGUUUUUGUUGUUGUUUUUUCUUUGUUGAAGGGGUGAUUCUUUAAGGACCCCUCUGCCCCUCAGCUCUCACACAAACCCCCAGGGGACAGAGGUGACCAGGGCUGGAUGGCAUGUUGGCUCCUUUUGUCACAGGAAUGCAGAAGGGGUGGGGGUGGGGGGUCUUCGUUGCAACCAGACUUAGCAGCUGAUGGGGGAGAGGGCUUGUGUUACCUCUUCAGACCUGGGGUUCUGAGGUCUUUAUCCCUCACCCUGUCCCCCCACCCGACCUGGGCUGAACCGAGGGAGGCUGUGCCUUCUGGAGGGAGGCAGCAGGGGCCGUGGUCUGAGGCCUAUACCCCCCACCCUCAGGGAGCUAGGUUUACUUAGGGUCUCAGAUGGGUAGCACUUUUUUUUAUGUUUGUAGCAUUAAGUUGGUUUAAAAUAUGAAUUUGGCUUCCAGGGAUGGCUCCUGACCUGGCCGACGGGCAUCUGAAGUUUGGGAGGUGGGCUUCUCUGGGGCUGGGGUCCCAGGUGAGCUGAUGCCCAGCUGGGGACAGUUGUGCCUCGUCAUUUGCAGGUCAGAGGUGCCCGGUUCUAGAAUUUUGUAGGAUUUACAGAAAUGCUUUUGGCCUCCCGCCUCCACAGGUCCGCAGGGCUCUCGCCAGAAGCCUGUUUUGAAGCCCAGCGAGGCAGGGCCACUUUGGCCCGUGCGGGAGAAGGGCGCGCUGCACGGGAUCUGGUUUGGGGCAUGUGGGGCUGGCGGUGGCGUUGCUGUUCUGCGUUCUUUGCUGGGCUGCUGUCCAGCCACUCACCAUCUCUGAGGGCAGGGAUGUUGGACUUCCCUGCCUUGGGCUCUAUCUAGACCUUCCUCCUGGAAUUAAACCAGAGAAAAGGAAGGAGAGGUCUGGAGGACCCACCGGGAAUGAGUUUAAGGGUGAGGUCUGGCCGGAACUCAGGCUCAUUCUCCAGAUGCCCAGCCAUAGGGUUGGACAGAGGGGCUGCCCCUUGGGUGCAUGGCCUGUAUUCUGGCAGCUGCCCUGCCCUCUCCUAUGUUGUCCCUGCCUGGCCCACCAAGGCUGAUCCUCAGGCUCUGGGUAGGAUACAAGCUCGAGCCUCUUUCUUACUAGAGACACUUGGAAACCUCCCAAGUUCACUCAAGUGCUUUUAGGACACAUUUUGAGGAGUAUUUCCUUGAGAUGCCAGGUAAACUUUAAAACGAGGACAGAAGGAAAACCAGGUUCUUUCUUUUCUUUUUUUUAAUAUAUUUUAUUGAUUUUUU